GAUUUUUUUAAGUAUAUUGAAUUGGAGUCUGUAGGAAACAAAUGGUCGUUCGCGACUUGAACGCUCCGCGAACGUAUCUGCGCGAGAACGACCGCGAUGCACCGCCGUAUCAGUCAGACGAGGCCGGCACGCACGCUGCAUUCAUCCGAGACGGAGAUCCGGGAGUCGGACAGGACGUUCGAGUCGGCAGCGACACGAAUGCGGGCGACGUGCCAACUUUGUUACCUACCGUCAAUUUGAACGCCGCCGGUGGGCCAACAACGACGCAGAUGCCCGUCGCAAAGCCGACGCCACAGCAGCAGCAGCAGCUUGAAAUACCAGACUUUUCGCGAGAGUACUCGCAGCCGGUCAACCCACAAGAGCAAAGCGCGCUGGUGGAAGACGGAUUGCGUUCUCGUGUCAUUCAGCUCGUCCAGCCCACCUCCCUCUGUCCAAGUUUGGUUCGGAGCAGCCCGACUUUGACAGGAGCAAUUAGCGCUCCGAUGCUCACAGUCUCCAAUUUCACAAAGUCGCGUCAAGCUCAUGUGCUGGAUGUAGCGAUGGGGGCAGACUUUUUGAGGCGAUACUGGCGGACAGUUUUUCUUUUGGCGCUCACAGUUACUGGAGCAACCGCGAUAUUUUCGUUCGUCCCGAUUGUCCAGGAUGCGAUCGCAACUGCUCCGCACUCUAAGGCGAUCCAAUUUUCGUAUCUUCCUCUGGCGUUCAUCAGCUUGUUGCCGAUAAACCUGAGGCUCGUUAUGGUCUUUGGCGCAGAGUAUCCUUACACUCUUCCAAUGCUCGUUUGGAUGACUGCCAACGUCGGAGCCCUGAUAUCCUUCAUUAUUAGCGAGUACAUAUCUGGAUUUGUGGCUAUGGCCGCCUUUGAUGCUUUGGCGUCGGCCACUGCCGCGUUCGCGGGACUCUGGUUUUACAGCAGCUUCAAAGUUCUUCAAUGCCGGAUUCGGCUCACUCCAUACAUUGUCGCUGCUGCCUCAGGGUCUGCCUCGGCCACCAUGAAACUCGGCCCUCUGGAAACCAUCCCUCAGUUUCCAGCCCUUCUACCGGCAUGGUGGUGGCCGACAAGGUUGGCCAAAGCCUUGUCGCAUCUGCCUCCGCCACAGCAACCAUCAGAGCUCGAUGCCCAGCCACUCAACCUUCCGAAUUGGUGCAUUCGGACGGCUCUCGGCAUUGGUACAGUGACUGCGAUCGGCGGGAGCCUGGUCGGCUACGGCGUGGACGGCGCUCAUCUGCAUACCCUGCUGUCCAUCCCUAUCGCGUUGGCGGGGGUGUUUGCCAUGUUACUGAGCAUGCGCUGCGUUUCUGCGCACGUGGCACCGCAAGAACAUGUCGUCGCCGUCCUGUUUGCGCUGUUUCCAAGUUUGCUUGCGAAUCGAAAGAAGCGACGCGAGUGCAAGCUCGAGCUCCAACCAGAUCCCGGGAUCAAAAGCAAUCUGCCAGGCAUGCCAGGCCACCCCUUCCAAAGUGACAUCACGCUACCAGGCGCCUCCGUUGCUCCAGGACAGCCGCAGUCGCAGCACUACCAAUUUCACCACCCAUCUGCUGCAGGUCGGUACCAGACAUUUUCCUCGAGCACCCAGGCUCACACAUCCCAACCGCAGCAGCAGCAGCAGCAACAACAACAACAGCAGCGCAAGGAGUCUUCCUCGCUCAAUCUGCCACCCACUGCUGGGGCGACAGACAUUGCUUCAAAGUCUACAAGCCACGGGUGGGCCGACUACCUGGAUGUCUACUGCUACCAAAACCAACAGCUUGUUCCCUUCCCGUCCACAGGCGUUGUUCCUCACAGUGUUGCAAUCUACGACCGCAUGCCCUCCGUGUACGACGAGCCCGAAGGGUUGCACAGAUUUCACUUUCACCGCGCCUCGCCUAUUCGCCAGCAGGCGGUUGCAGGCUAUUCCCCGAUUCCAGACAUCCCCGAAUCCCCUCUUUUGGUCCGCAGUUCGUCUAAACAUGUUUCUGUGGAUAAGGGGAAGCGACCAUUGCGCAACACCCCUGUGAAUUGACAUUGGCGUACGACGAUGUUUUGGCAUGUUGAAGCAAUACAGUAGUUG